AUGGGGAUUUGGGAUGGUGCCCAUGCCCAUGCCAGUGUUUACGCCAACAUCAACGUCAACGGACACCCCAAACACCCCAUCCCCGACUCAGACCCGGACCCCUGGACUUCAGACGCGCUAGGCGAGAAAUGGAGGGGAGAGUGGGUGCUUGAGGCGGAGGGAACGAGGGAGGGGAGACAGACACUUUUGGAUUGUCUUUGUCGCCGUGCUGGCAGCGAUGGGGAGGGGGAAGGGGAGGAGGUGCCUGUGACGCCGCCGAAAGACAGGAUGGACGCGUAUGUCGCUCCUCCUCCCCCUGCUGCUGCUGCUGGGAAGCCUCGUGUGAGAGCGAGGGCGUAG